UGUGGCUUCAGCUACCCAAUAUGACGUAUGUGAAAGCAGAAGUGUUUCCGGGUGACCUUGGUUCCUUGAGAAAGCGGUGAAUUCAUCUGGGUCAUUCUUGCAAUCAAAUAAAUAAAGUUUCCGGGAACCAAAAGUGAUGCCACUCCAUAAGUAUCCACCUGCCAUCUGGAAAAGCCUGAAGCUUAAGGAAGGUAUCUAUUCACGGCUACCUGCUCACUACCUGCGCUCUUUGCAGGAAACUCAGAAACCAACCCCUGUGCACUGGAAACCCCAUGGACAGAAGUAUAGACUAAACCCCAAAUCAGGGCAGAGAGAACGUGUUCAAGAUGUCCCAGUGGUUCCGUAUUUUCCUCCUCAAGCAGAUGAAGGUCUUUGGGGAGGUGAAGGAUGGAUCAGUGGUUUUCGAUAUGCCAAUAACGAUAAGCUUUCUACUAGGGUAAAGAAGGUUUGGAAGCCUCAGCUUUUCGUAAGAGAUCUAUACAGUGAGAUAUUGGACAAGACUUUUUCUAUCCCAGUUACAAUGAGAACACUUAACUUGAUUGAUGCUGCUUAUGGAUUUGACUUUUAUGUUCUAAAGACUCCAAAGGAGGAUUUAAACUCAAAACUAGGAAUGGAUUUAAAGAGAGCAAUGCUUUUACGUCUUGCCUCAAAGGACCCAAGUCUCCAUCCCAAUGAUCCAGCCAAAAGAGAAAAGAUCUACAGCAAAUAUAAAAAAUUUGAAAUCCCAAAGGAGGAAGCAGAGUGGGUAGGACUUAGUUUAGAAGAAGCUGUUGAAAAACAGAGAUUACUGGAAAAGAAGGAUCCUACCCCUCUGUUUAAAGUAUUUGUUGAUGAGCUUGUUCAUGAAUUGGCAGUUCCGAGACUUGGAGAAACCACAGGCACUGAAACAAAAUCUUAACUCCUUCAAAUUAUACACUUAACAGAGCACCCCUUUUCACAGACUCUUUUAGAGAAGGAUUUUUCCCCCCAGAAAACAGUCUUUGUGCGAGAGCUUGAACAUUGACGUACGCUCUGCAACACGAAACUGAAUCAUGCUGUUGGCAACUUGUCUAUGCUUCAAGCAAAGCUCUAAUAAAUGAUGUGUUGACCAAAA